UUCAUUCUGUUUUAUUGCAGUGGUUUGAACUUCCAAGACUUGAUGGUGCGCUUGGGUGCUAUUGACUCACCGCCAAAAACCCCAACAAUUCUCGGAUUCGAAUGUGCUGGUGAAGUUGAAGCUGUUGGUGAAGGUGUUGAAGAUUUCAAGGUUGGCGAUCGUGUUGUUGCAUUACCAGAGUUCCGUGCCUGGGCUGAAUUGUGUGCCGUUCCAACUAAAUAUGUCUACAAACUGCCCGAUGAAAUGUCAUUCCAAGAUGCUCCUGCCAUAACAAUGAACUAUUUGGUCGCUUAUAUCAUUGUGUUUGAAUUGUUGUCGCUUCGUCCCGGAAAAUCUUUGAUGCUUCAUUCAGCAGGCGGCGGUGUUGGUCAAGCCAUCGCUCAAUUGGUUCGCACUUUCGACGGUGUCACUAUGUUUGGUGUGAGCUCAAAGGGAAAGCAUGAACAGUUGGCAACUGGUGGAUUGUUUGAUCAUUUGAUCGAUCGUGCUGACUAUGUCAAUGAAGUCAGAAAAAUUUCACCGGAAGGCGUUGACAUUAUUUUGGAUUGUUUGUGCGGUGAUGACUGCAAUCGUGGCUAUGGAUUGCUUAAACCUAUGGGAAAAUAUAUUCUUUUCGGAUCAUCGAACGUCGUAACUGGUGAAACUAAGAGCUUCUUUAGCGUUGCUCGCUCGUGGUGGCAAGUCGACAAAGUCUCACCAAUCAAGCUUUUCGACGAGAACAAGACACUUACUGGCUUUAAUUUACGUCAUUUACUCUACCAACAAGAUGGAUCUGAAUAUGUAAAGAAGGUCAUAGAUGAUGUUUUUGGUAUGUGGAAAGAUGGAAAGAUUAAGCCAGUCAUUGAUUCAACAUGGGCACUUGAAGAUGUCACCGAAGCUAUGCAAAAGAUGCACGAUAGAAAAAACAUUGGAAAGCUUGUUUUGGAUCCAGCAGCUGAACCGAAACCUAAGCCAGCUACACCAGCCAAGGUUAAAGCCAAGAAGGAGAAAAAAGAAAAAGUUCAGUCGCCAUCAACCGAUGAAGAGAAGAAGGUCGAGAAUGGCACUGAUAAGCCGGCUGAGAAUGGAAGUGGCGAGAAUGGCGAAGCAGCUGAAGCUGAAAAGCCAAAAGAGAAUGGCGAUGGAGGUGAAGCAAAGCCGUCUGAGAAUGGUGAAAAUUCAGCAGCUGCUGAGACCAAUGGCGAUGAAAAGAAACAAUCAAGCUGAACGCCCAAAUCUUAAAGAUAAACUAAGGCCAAGAUUGAGAUUAUAAUCCAAUCUGUCUCUUUACUCUUACGCAAUUUCUUUUUUUUAUGAAACUCUUUCAUUUAUUAUAAUUGAGAAGAAGUCGAAAAUAAUUCCGUCAGUGUUUUUUUUCUAAUUUUAUUUUUAAACAUUUAUUCAUCAUACUUUAUCUUUUAUAAUAACAAAUGUUUCUUUUUAUGAAUAUUAUCAAUAUAAGAAAAAGUCUCUCAUCGUUUAUUUCCAGUAGAAUUGUGUAACAUAUGCGAUAAGAAAAUCUUGAUGUGACACUAAUCCUUGUCGUCUUAAAGAUUCAAAUGUCUUAAUUUAGCUCUUCAUAUUAAGUAAUAAUCAACACUUGAGAGUUCUACUUAACAUCUGAUAUGUUGUUUUGAUUAAAAAUUUCAUCUAUCAAGGACAUGUUUCAUCGUCAUGAUUUUCAAUUGCUUGUUUGAGUGUGACAUGAAAUGUUGAAUCACAUUUCAAAACAUACAAACAAAUUAUUCUUAUAUUUCUUUGUGUAAAAAUGAUGAGAUCAAGAUUACUUAUCUAUAUCUAUCUAUCAAUCUUCUUACAUACUUAUUUCUGUUUUCUAAUUGUGUAAAUCGAUAUGCAAAGAUCGCCUUUCCAGCAACUUUUGAUCGUUUCACAUCAUGGCAUUGCACGUCGACUAUAAUAUUUUUGAAAGAAAUGGAAAAAUCAUUUUUAAUUCCUGUAAUCGAGCUCAUAUCUGUUAAUUCACUGAAAAAUGUCUUUCAAAAGAAUGUUUUCCAUUAAAUUUGCUACUUGAAGCUUUUUGAUGAAAAUUCCAUUAUUAGAAUAUUACAAAACUAAUUUGAGAAAAAGAAGAAAUUGAAAAAUAAAUAAACUUAUAAGAUAUCGCUAAACAAGAAGCUUUUGAUGUUAUCUUUCAUGUAAAACUAAUAACAACUGUCUCGUUUCUAUGCUUUAAUCCCAAUUUAAACAAGAAAAAGGAAAACAGAAGGAAAUUUUCUUUUCAUACUUUCUAUUUUCAUGCAAAUUUCAUGAAAUCAUCGAAUAAUAAUAAUAAAAAUAAUAUAAAAGAAGAAAAAGGCAAACAAUCGAAGAGUUGUAAGGAUCAAGUUUUGUAAGGGCAUAUUUUCAAAGAUAACUUUUAUUAGAUAGAAUGGAAAAAGAUAUCCUAGGACAUUCAAAACAUGAGGCUGAAUAUUAAUGAAUUCAUUAGAAUUUGAUGGACGGUGACGUGAUGUAAGUGCAAUGAAAACUUUCGAAUGAAAUAUAAUGGCAGAGAAAGAUUCUUGAAGAAAUUAAUUACACUGCCAGUAAAUAUUUAUCUCAAUUCGAUGCUGCUGAAAGCUUUUGGAAUCAACUUUAAGCUUUGCAAAAAUCAAUGAGAAAUAAUUUUGAUAUCAAACUUUUAUGAAAGCUUUCAUUAGCAGCCAAACAACAACGAACACUUUUAAGAGCUUGCAUAUUUUUUUAACAUGUAGCUUCUUAAUUCACUCACCCCUUCAAUGAAACAACAUGCAAAUAUUAUCAAGAUGAAUUUAUAGAUAAUAAAAUUGCACAACCAUUUCACGCGAACCAAUUUUUGAAGGAAAAUUUUCCUGUUUGUCUCAUUUUUUUUUUACGCAAAGAAAGUUUUUGACACUUCAAGUGACAUAUCAAUAGGAGAGUCACUUGUGACGUUUCGCUUUUGAUACUUUGAUAUCUUUCUAUCAACAUAUAAACAUGAUUUUUUAGCUUUUUCACUAAACAGACAAGAAUUGAUAUCUAUAAGAAGAAUGAAAUAAUCACAAAAACUUUGUAAGCUAAAUGAAUAAAUAUCAAGAAAAUGCCAUUGAAAUGUGAGAAGAAUAUAUUUUCUUAAAGAAGAAUCAAAAAGAUGUAAGAAAUAAAGUAUUGGAUAAUGUAUGAUAAAUGCUGCUUUUUCUAAGAUUAUGAUGAAGAAGUUCUUUACUAGCUCUGAGAAUAUUUCUUUUAGUUUGGAAAGUUGAAAUGUUUUCUCGUCUUGAAACAAGUUAGUUAUCAAAUUAUUGUUCUAAUAUGUUCAUGACGAGAUAUAUCUUGCACAUCGGUGUCAACUUUAGGAAAGAAUUCGAUUUAAAUUUCAAGAUUUUUUUUUGUUAAAUUGGAAAAAUUGAAAUGAGAAAAGUAAAAGGAAAUUUUUGCAUUUUUUAAUUUCUCUAUAUUAAAAUAAUUAUCUAAAUAAGUAAAAUUAAUUACUGUUAAUAUCAUAAGGGCUUGUAUCAUCAGAUAUAAUUAUGAAAAAGCAUAGAAUAAAGAAAAUUUAAAUAAAAUUAAAUUGUGAACAUUUUUUUAUUUCUUGAUUUGAUUGUUUUCAGAGAUGGCAAAUAGUUCUGCAUUUUAUGUUAUUGGAAACAAAGUUCAUUCCAAUCCCUGAAAUCUUAAUGGAAAAAAGAAGAUUAUGAAAGGAUUUUAAUAUCCAAUGUGUUUGAAUGACGUCGUACAGCCAACAACCUUCGGUUGAUAAGGUCGUGACCGUCCUCUGCCUCUGAAACUACACGAAAAAUUCUUUUCUUGAUGAAAUUCCCCAUCUUGAUGUUGAAACGAUUCAGUCUCGAGGAAAAUAUCAAGCGAUGUCAUCGCACGUUGUAGUUGAAGUGACAGAACAUUAUCAACACUGUCACAUUUUAUUCCGUUAACAAAUCCCUCGAUUUCUCGAAUAUGCGAUGAAUUUUCGGCAUUGUAUUUGUUGUCAUAGCUCAAUUGAAGUGCAAAGAUUGGAAAAUUGUCUCGAACAGCGAUGUAGCACUCAAGUUUGGCAGAUCCACGUGUUACAACCGCUCGAUAAAACAAGUCAUUGGCACCAACAAUUUCACUUUCAAUGAAUCUUUUUGUGCAUGGAAUAACUGAAUACUCAGCGAAAGAAAGCGAUACAAAUUGUUGAAGGAUUGACGAGAUGCGAACAUUUCCACUGAUUGUUAUUUUCCCAAUCUCAAGUGACUGAAUUUGAUGGUAAAGUUUCAUUCUUGCCGAUACACGUUUAUGCAUUUGACGAAUCAACUGUGGAACUGUCUCGUCGCAAAGUUUGAAAGAUUCGUCAAUAUUCAGCUUCGAUGUUACGCUUAUUCCACAUAACCUUUGUGCCCAUUUGUAAGGCUUUCCCAGCAUCUUCUCGUCUAAUAAUUUACUUAAAUCUUUUGGAUUUAAUUGAACAUUCUGAAGUUGGUAAGAUGUAUGAGGACUUGGACUCUCCAUACCAUAAUCGCCUUCAUACAAACCACUUAAGAUUCGAUCUGGUGUCAUGAUGUCACCAGCUGCAACAGAUUGCGCGUUGUCAAGAUUAAAUUUUCCUUGAACAGUCACAAUUGACAUAUCAGGAAGAUAAUUCAAUGUCACUGACAAAGUUUCCUUUCUUUUCUUCGAUUUCAGUUGAAAUUGAACACUCAAAGGAUGAUGAGCGAAAAGUUUCUGACGCUUCUGAUUCUGCGAUUCAAUUCUUGACUGUCGUCGUUGAACUUUUCUUCGAUUAUCCGAUUCUUCGAAAUCAUUUUCCUCAGCUUCGUUCUCAGAAUCUUCAUUUUCAUCUAAUUCCUUCUCAUCCUUUCCUUGUUUACGUUCGUUUUCCAACUGAAGUGCUUCAUCUUCAUUGCCAUCAACUGACACUGAGAGAUUAUUGUCAAUAACUUCUGAGUAAGCCAAAAGCUUAGUGUAAGCCAUGUAAAGUGGUUGUGGGAGCAGACGAACAAUUUUUUGAAUCUCCCAUUCGAUCUCGAAUGGCAUGUUGAGGAUUUUCUGAAUCGGGCGUGUUGCUUUGCAGACAUUCUGAAGAUUUGGGAGAAGUGAAUCCAAAUUAUCCUUUAAAGCAACAAUUUUCUCGGCAACUUCUUCUUUUUCCUUCUCAAGUUCUUUGCAUUGUUUUGCAUAUUCUUUUCUUUGUUGUAAUUCAAACUCUAAACGAGCCAUACGAAGCGCAUGUUUAUCUUCGAGAAUUUCUGGCGUUCGACUUUCUUCUGGAGCAAUUUUUAAGAAUUCUUCCAUCGAAACCAAUUUGAUGUCUUCAUCUUCACUUUUGAACGAUAUACAUUUAUUGAUUUCUUUCUUAAGAUGAUCGGCUUCGUAGAUGAGAUUCUGUAGCUUAAGGCGGUUACUGUCAACGUUGAGUUUCUCUUUUGCAAGCAAUUCACGUCGAUUAGCGAGACGAAUCUUAUCAAGACGAUUCAACUUCUUCAAUUUAACGAUAAUCAACGAGCCUUGAAUUCGUUUUUCCACAAUUUUCUUCUUUGCCUGUUCAGUGUUCUUUGAUUUCAAAUCUGACACUUCCUGAAUAAGUUUGUUAAGUUCAGUGAAGCAUGUUUUGAAUUGAUCUCGAUUGAAUUUACUUUCUUCCUUCUCUUCAAACUCAAUAGCGUUCUAUAAACUUCUUCUUUUAUAAGUUUCACUGGAGUUUGUGGUGUUGAUGAUGAAGUAGACGCAUUUUUACUUCGUUUCUUAGUUUCUCCUACCAUUUUUGUGAUUUGUUAGUUUAUUAAUUUAGGAAAUUUAAUGUUGAUGU